AUGCCAGCGGCCGGCCCGUCACCGUCCGUCGCCCCCCGGGGAUGGAAAUCCAUGCAGGGCUCAGUGAACGCCAGCAGCCAGCCUGUCACCGUCUGUCCCCUCCGGGGAUGGAAAUCCACGCGGGGCCCAGCGAAUGCCAGUGGCCGGCCGCAGCCGGCCUGUCACCCCCCGGGGAUGGAAAUCCAUGCGGGGCCCAGUGAACGCCAGCGGCCGGCCUGUCACUGUCCGUCGCCCCCCGGGGAUGGAAAUCCACGCGGGGCCCAGCGAACGCCAGCGGCCGGCCGGUCACCGUCCGUCGCCCCCCAGGGAUGGAAAUCCAUGCGGGGCCCAGUGAACGCCAGCGGCCGGCCCGUCACCGUUCGUCGCCCCCCGGGGAUGGAAAUCCACGCGGGGCCCAGUGAACGCCAGCGGCCGGCUUGUCACCGUCCGUCGCCCCCGGGGGAUGGAAAUCCACGCAGGGCCCAGCGAACGCCAGCGGCCGGCCUGUCACCGUCCGUCGCCCCCCGGGGAUGGAAAUCCAUGCGGGGCCCAGUGAACGCCAGCGGCCGGCCUGUCACCCCCCGGGGAUGGAAAUCCACGCGGGGCCCAGUGAACGCCAGCGGCCGGCCGGUCACCGUCCGUCGCCCCCCGGGGAUGGAAAUCCACGCGGGGCCCAGUGAACGCCAGCGGCCGGCCUGUCACCGUCCGUCACCCCCUGGGGAUGGAAAUCCAUGCGGGGCCCAGUGAACGCCAGCGGCCGGCCUGUCACCGUCCGUCACCCCCCGGGGAUGGAAAUCCAUGCGGGGCCCAGUGAACGCCAGCGGCCGGCCUGUCACC